AAAGGAAAGAAGAAGAAGAGAGCAAACGGCAUCAUGGCGACAUCCACGAAAGCAGCGCAUGAGCUGCAAGUCAGAACCCGGACUGAUGAUGUUUUAAAUAACGAUGGGCUCGAGUUCAGCUCUUUACUGCUAUCAAAACCUGUGCUUGAGGGCUUAUCUGCCUCCGGCUUUCAGAGACCGUCACCCAUUCAGCUCAAAGCCAUCCCACUGGGCAGAUGUGGGCUGGAUCUUAUUGUUCAAGCCAAAUCUGGCACAGGAAAGACUUGCGUGUUUACUACGAUUGCAUUGGACUCCCUUAUACUGGAGAACACAGUCACACAGGUGCUAGUUUUAGCCCCCACUAGGGAGAUUGCUGUGCAGAUCCAUGCUGUUGUCAUGGCAAUAGGCAGCUCAAUGGAGGGACUGGAGUGUCAUGUGUUUAUUGGUGGACGGCCUGUCAUUCAAGAUAAGCUCCACCUGAAGAAAUGCCACAUUGCUAUUGGCUCACCAGGCCGUAUUAAGCAGCUCAUUGAGAUGGGAGCCCUGAUCACAUCUUCCGUUCGUCUGUUUGUUUUGGAUGAGGCUGAUAAACUGCUUGAGGAUGACAGCAGCAGCAGCUUUCAAGAGCAAAUCAACUGGAUCUUCUCUUCUCUACCGACAAAUAAACAAAUGCUGGCUCUUUCUGCCACCUACCCAGAAUCCUUAGCACAAUACCUGUCAAGAUACAUGAGAGAGCCGACGUUUGUUAGAUUGAACCCGACAGACCCUGGACUCAUUGGACUGAAGCAGUACUAUAAGAUCGUUCCCUCUCAUUCAUUGCCUCACAAAAUCUUUGAGGAGAAGGUUCAGAGUCUUCUGGAACUCUUCAGUAAAAUCCCAUUUAAUCAAGCAUUGGUUUUCUCGAAUCUCCAUAGCAGAGCCCAGCGCCUGGCUGACAUCCUCUCAUCUAAAGGCCUGCCUGCAGUCUGCAUCUCAGGUGGUUUAAGUCAGGAUCAGAGGUUAGAAGCGAUGUGGAAGCUAAAGCAAUAUCAAUGUCGAGUUUUAAUAUCAACAGAUCUGACGUCCCGUGGUAUUGAUGCCGAGAAGGUGAAUUUGGUGAUUAAUCUGGAUGUUCCUCAGGACUGGGAGACGUACAUGCAUCGUAUCGGUCGUGCUGGACGAUUCGGCACUCUGGGGGUUGCCGUGACCUACUGUUGCCAUGGUGAGGAGGAGAAUCGGAUGAUGGCCAUAGCUCAGAAAUGUUCCUUGAAUCUAACUCAUUUGCCAGAUCCAAUCCCUCCUGGAAUUAUGGAAGAGGCGUGUGACUGGGACGUGAUCAUCGAACCCCCUUCAAAACCCACUCGAAAGGUUCCUGUCUCCCCCAAACAGGCGAAAAAGAAACAAGUUAAAUCGGAGGCCACAUCAUUUAAACCUUCCGGAGUUUCUCACAUCCCACAUCCCACUGAAGAGAGAAGAACAUCUGAUAUAUCAUACAAUGUUGCUGAAACCAAGGCUAAAAAUCACUCCAAACCUAGGCUGGAGAAACCAUUACCUUCUGUUACAAACCUGGAGACUCGCUCGACUCUUGCUCAGACAGAGCAGAGGGAGACCCUUCCUAGAAUUCCUUCACUGCCAUCUUUUAAAUUACGGGCACAAAAGAUUAUGACCUUCGCAGAGGCCGAGGCGGAUUACGAGAGCUUCAUAACAGAAGGUCCAGGAAGAUCUGUCGAAAUCAUUCGCCAGUAUGAAGGUUGCAACAGAAGUCAGAAUAUGUUCAAUGGCGUGCAUAACAAGCAUGAUGACCAUAAUGAUGAAGACCAAGGUAAUAAUUCACAUGUUCCAGAUGCGUCACACUCCCAUCAAGAUCCUCCUCUACCACCAGACGUUUCACAGUUGUCCUAUGGUUCGAAGAUUUCUGAAGAUUCCCUGUCAUCUGAUGAUGAUUCUUCCUCCGAGUCCGAAAUGGAGGUUGAAUGUGGAUCAAACUCUUCAGUCCCUAAUCGCUGUUCACAACCCAGACAUCCUGUGGACUGUAACAAAGACCAGCGGGAUCAUUCAUCUUUACCGGCGGCUAGAAUACAAACACAUUAUAGCAGAAGUAAGCAGACGUAUAGUACACUUCAAUCCCAUGAUCCCCCACACCACAAAGGCCCUUCAGCCUCCAAAUCCAGCAGGAAGGCCACGACGACACCGCAGAGGUUUACAAAGGAGAAAACUGAUGAUGGUGAAGAGGAAGAAGUUGCAGGGCAGGAUAAUUGGAAUGAGUACAGGGCUUGGGUCGAAUAUUACAACUCGUAUUACCACAGAUCUCCAUAUUACUGGAUGAGAGCAUUUUCCUCAUAUUCCAAUUACAUGAUGGAAAUGAUGAAACGUUAAAAAAGGAUAAUAGACUUAUCUAUCUUGUAUAGCAUCCAUUGAAUCUUACUGCCCCUGUUAUUGGGACAGUUUUAGUGAUGCUCAAUGUAUGAAGUUCUUUAAUAAAAAUGAACUUUUGGGAUGUAA